GGGAACUCACCCGAAGAAUGCUACGCCGGCAGAGCUCCACCCCGCAAAUCAGGCCGUUGCAGCGCCAACUACAAGCAGCCGCUGCCCCUGCAGCCGAGGCUGUUGUCAACAACAUCUGGGCUUACAAUAUAUAUUGCUUUACAAGCGACCCCCGCCGCCCAAUCCAAUUCAAACUGUACACUGUCGAUAUCUACGGUUCCCUAACACCAUGAAUCCCCCUGAAAACUUUGCGCACUACCCUGCGCCCAAGGAACGCAUCUCUGAGCCCUAUGUGCCGAAGAAGGGCGAUAACCCCGUGCUCUCCGGGUUUCCUCUUGUGGUGGCCUCAUCGCUCGUAGCCAAUGUCGGUUUUGUAGCCAGACAUCUAUGGCAUAAUACUGGCUUCGGCACAACCAAGGACCUUGCUGUCUUGAGAGACAUCCCCAGCACAUACCACCCAUGUGUUACUCCACUAGGCAAGACUGAGCCUAUGCUGGAGGUUGAUCCCAAGCUUCUGUCUCUGAAGCAUGGCAAGGCUGACACACGCUACUAUUCUGCUGCAGACUACCAUGAGAUGUACCGCUCUGGCAAAGUCACCCCCCUCCAAGUUGCAGAGAUGCUACUGGGAUUAACCAGCAAUGACUCGGAUAAAGAUUCUAUUUAUAAAGAUGCUUGGGCCCCAACGCACGGUUCCGAUCACCUCGCCCUCGAAGCUGCCAAGGCGUCAACCGAACGAUAUGCUUCGGGCAAGCCUCUCAGUGUUCUGGACGGCGUUCCCAUCGGUGUUAAGGACGAUGUUCCCGUUACAGGAUACACGUGCCACAAUGGUAUGGCAUUCAAAGCAGGAGAAAAGUACUUCGAGCCCAAGACGACCACUGCUUGGCCGGUGCAGAAGCUUCAAGAGGCCGGUGCUAUCGUGAUUGGCAAAAACCGCAUGCACGAACUUGGUUCAGAUACUACUGGUUUGAAUGCUUCUCAGGGAACCCCUACCAACCAUCUCAACACAAAGUACUAUCCAGGUGGUUCUAGCUCUGGAGGUGGAUCGUCUCUCGGCGCAGGUAUUGUACCUAUUGCUGUUGGUACCGAUGCUGGAGGUAGUCUUCGCCUGCCAUCUGCUUUCAACGGCGUGUACACCCUGAAGCCCUCUCAGCACCGUACUACGUUCAUGGACAGCACCAUGUGCGUUAUGGGCCCCAUGGCAGCCAAUGCAGCGGAUCUUAUUGUUUCGUACCGCCUGAUGUCUCAGCCUAAUCCUACCUGCUCAAUUCAGAGCAAGUUUGCACUCUCGAUCCCGCCAUCUCCCUCAGCAAAACGAACCAUUGGUAUUUACAAGGAUUGGUGGAAUGCCGCCGAUCCGCGUGUUGCGGACCUCUGCAACAAAGCAGUGUCGUGGUUCCAAAAGGAAAAAGGAUAUGAGGUCGUCGAUAUCUCUCUCCCGUACCUAGCGGAGUGUCAAUUGGCCCAUGGCCCAACCUGUCUCGCUGAGAUGGCAAAAGCGGCACGACGCCGAGUGGACAAGCCUGAUGAAUUCCUCAAGUUGGUUGGCUAUGUCAACAAGAUCAUGCUUACGGUUGGCAGCCAAGCGAGCGCUCUGGACUUUACUGCCUACAACUCUUUGAGAACUUUGCUUAUGCAGCACUGCGCUUUUCUUUGGCAAAAGUACCCAGGCAUGCUCAUUGUGACACCCACCACUCCUUUGAUUGGCUGGGCCCGUCAGCCUGGUCACGAUGCUUAUGGUUCUACGGAUGGCAAUACCUCCAUUAGAAAUAUGUCAUAUGUAUUUGUCGCCAAUAUGACCGGUACUCCCGCCGCAAGUGCCCCGGUUGGCUAUGUUGACCCUGAGCAGGGCGAAGGCAAGCUUCCUAUCGGACUGAUGGCCCAAGGCGAAUGGGGUAGCGAGGAGCAGCUGCUGCAAUGGACAUUAGAGGCUGAGGAUUAUCUGAACAACGUGUACGAGGACGGACGCCGACGUCCUCCCACUUGGCUUGAUGUCUUGAAGGACGCUCAGGAGACCAAAACCGCUUAACUGAGGUGACCGUAGAAGGCCAAGAGGUAUUUCUUUUAAUAUAUAUCCUGUAGUAUAAGUGUGACUACUUUUGUGUCUGCUGCUUCAUCCUUUGUCAAGUGUCGGUAGCAUUUAUUUGUUGAGGAACUUGGAGGCGAGGUUCAUGAGGUUUCCAGCGCUGCCGCCGCUACCGCCAGCGUCCAUCUGGCUCUUGAAGUACAUCUUCAUGGCCAUCUCGCCGGCCUUCUGAAGAACAUUCUCCUUGCUGGUGCCGCUGGGAACCUGACCAUUGGCGCUCUUGUCAUCGAAGAGCUAUAAACCGUUUAAUUAGUAUCACAUAACAAGUCGGGGCUGUUGCUCGACGCGUACCUUGCUGGCCUCGGAGAGGGCAGUACCAAUGAAGGCACCCUGGCUCUGGUUCUGGUCGCCGCCACGCUGGUUGAACAUCUUGAGAGCCUGCAUGGCAGCAGCGGUACCAAGGCUGUUAGCAUCGUGGGAAGCGUUGUUGUUGUCGUUGUUGUAAGCGGCCUCAUGCUUCUCAACGGCGUCUGCAACAUAUGUUAGCUGAAGCUCUCUUGAUGGCCAUCAGUGAAAGAAUUUGCCCUGCUCGUCGACAUGGGGAGCCUCAGCGAUCUGGCUCUGCUGCUGAGAAAGAGAGCCGAGCACGUUGGCAAAGAGAUCGGAGUUGCCAGAGGCGCCAGCCUGGGAGUUGGCCUCUUGGUGAGCAUCCUUCAUAUCGCCAUCAAGGUUGACGUUUUGGCCUGUUGCAGGUUAGCAUGUAGAGCACACAUGUAUAUUGAAAUGCCCAUUUUCUUGUCCUCCAAACUGCCAACAGAGCUAUACUACCACUGCCAUAAAUGAAUGGUGUUUGGUAUUAUUUUAACACACCCCAAGUUGAUGGCGGGGUGAGGGAGGGGAAGCUCUGUUUACAAUGGUGGGGUGAAGGUAUAUGACGUACUUUUGGCGAGGAUUUCCUUGCCGACGCUCAUGAGCUUGUUCAUAUCCAUGGUUGCUGAUUUGUGCUGAAUGGGUAUCUUGUUGAUGCUAAAGGAGAAAUGACGAGAAGAGGGGUAAACAAGCUAGACAAGAUUAAAGCCAAGCUAAGUGACAGGAUUUCGGAUUCUGUUGCCGGCCAGCCAGCUGCCCCUUGCCAGCUGGUGCCGGCUGGUGGGGUAGCGAGCCCACCUUGGCUUUGUGUUGUUCGGGCCGUCGUCAGUAGUGGGCGGG